CUCUCUCUCUCUCUCUGUGUUCCUCUUUUCCUUGUUUCUCUUCUCCUUUCGUGUCCUACAUUAAUAAUCCGCGAAACAAAAUUAAAAAAGUUCAAUAACCUUUUGUCACAAAUUUCUCAACUACUCAAAUAUUUUGUUAUACCUCUCUCUGUCUCUGUCUUUCCAUGGCGCCCAUUUUUUAUUCAUUCCAUUCUCUGAAUCUUUCCUUUUUUGUAAUUCGUCGGCGUUGAUUGCGUCAAUCCCACGUAAUUUUCCAUUGGUUUCCUCGAACUUUAUAUUAUCAUUACGAUAAUCUUGUUUCGUUUUACAAGUCUUCUUUAAAAAAAGGAGAGGUUUUAUCCAGGUUUCUCAGCGACUCUGUUGAAUGGGUUUGUUUCGUACACCGAUGGAUAAUGCUCUUCGCUUCACAUUCCUAUCCCCAUUUGCGAAAAACGAAUUGGGGUUGUAGCGUUUCUCUCAUAUCUCAAAUAUAUGGUUCGUACAACAAGAAGAAUAAUACAGGGGCAAAAAUAGUAAUAGUAGAAUUCGAUGGGAAAUAACUGCGUGGGAAACAGAGCUCCUUCCAAGUAUGGACUUAUGGAAUCGAUUUCGAAAUCGGUUUGGUGGACUAGAUCCCAGGACUGCAUCGUUUCUCAGAGAGGAAUUGCCAAUGAAUCAUCAACUUCUGUGAAAAAAGAAGUAGAUUUUCCUUUACCUGUACAAAACAAGCCUCCGGAAAUGGUUAAGAUUUUCUUUGAAGAUAUUAAGCCAGUGCAGGUGCAGCCCAUUAGAAAUGUAGAGGAUGACAAAUUAGCACAACCCCAGAAGCCGGACAAAGAGGAAGAGACUAAAAAACCUGCAGAACAACCAUUGACGCACAAGGAAGAGAUUACUAUUACUAUUAAACCAGUACAGCUGCCAAUUCCAAUUCCAAUUCCAAAGGAGCAAGAGGAGGUUACUAAGCCAAUAGAGUUAUUAAAGCCGAGGAAGCUUCCUUAUAAUGUGAAGAGAUCAGCGAGCGCGGGGCUUCGGGCUGAUUCUGUUUUGCAAACCAAGACUGGUCAUUUGAAGGAGUACUAUAACUUGGGGCCGAAGCUUGGGCACGGGCAAUUUGGGACGACAUUUCUUUGCGUGGAGAAGGGGACUGGGAGACAGUACGCGUGCAAAUCUAUUGCGAAGAGGAAGUUAUUGACGAAUGAUGAUGUGGAUGAUGUGAGGAGGGAAAUUCAGAUAAUGCAUCACUUAGCAGGGCAGCCUAAUGUAAUCUCAAUCAAAGGGGCUUAUGAGGAUGCUGUUGCUGUUCAUGUUGUGAUGGAGUUGUGUUCAGGGGGUGAACUCUUCGAUAGGAUCAUUCAGCAGGGGCAUUUUUCAGAAAGGAAGGCAGCUCAGCUAACUAGGACAGUAGUUGGUGUUAUAGAAGCCUGCCACUCUUUAGGGGUCAUGCAUCGUGAUCUUAAGCCAGAGAAUUUUCUUUUUGUCAAUGACCAGGAGGAUUCGCCUCUCAUGGCAAUAGAUUUCGGAUUAUCAGUAUUCUAUAAGCCAGGGGAAGUUUUCAGUGAUGUGGUUGGAAGCCCAUAUUAUGUUGCCCCUGAAGUUUUGCGUAAGAUUUAUGGUCCAGAAUCAGAUGUUUGGAGUGCUGGUGUGAUCCUUUACAUUCUUUUAAGUGGGGUGCCUCCUUUUUGGGCUGAAACGGAGCAUGAGAUAUUUGAAGAGGUUUUGUAUGGUGACCUGGACUUCUCAUCAGAUCCCUGGCCUAAUAUCUCCGAGAGUGCAAAAGAUUUAGUUAGGAAAAUGCUUGUCAGAAACCCAAGAAAGCGGAUAACUGCACAUGAAGUAUUGUGCCAUCCUUGGAUUCAGGUUGAUGGAGUGGCUCCAGACAAGGCUCUUGAUUCUGCAGUAUUGAGUCGCUUAAAACAGUUUUCUGCAAUGGACAGGCUUAAGAAAAUGGCUCUUAGAGUUAUUGCAGAGCACCUCUCUGAAGAAGAAAUUGCAGGGUUAAAAGAAAUGUUCAAUGUGAUAGACGCUGACAAUAGUGGUCAAAUUACUUUUGAAGAGCUCAAAGAUGGACUAAAAAGAUUUGGUGCCAAUCUAAACGAGUCUGAAAUACAUGAUCUUAUGCAGGCUGCAGAUGUUGAUAAUAGUGGCACAAUUGAUUAUGGGGAGUUCAUUGCUGCAACGUUGCAUCUAAACAAAGUCGAGAGGGAAGAUCAUCUGUUUGCAGCUUUUUCAUAUUUUGACAAAGACGGAAGUGGCUAUAUCACGCAAGAUGAGCUCCAACAGGCUUGUGAGGAGUUUGGCAUUGAGGAUGCCCACUUGGAAGAAAUUAUCCGAGAAGUAGAUCAGGAUAAUGAUGGACGGAUAGAUUACAAUGAGUUUGUGGCCAUGAUGCAGAAAGGCAAUGCUAGUUUGGGUAAGAAGGGUCAACAGAGUAGUUUUAGCAUUGGAUUUAGGGAGGCACUUUCAGUUUGCUAACACAGUGAGGCCUUUUUCUUUUUCUUUUUCUUUUUUCCCGAAUACUUGGUAACUCUUUCUUCCCCACGGUCUUGUGGAUGUAUACGACUUGCAAGGUGUAAGGAUCAUCAGGUGCUGGUAUGUAUAGUAGAUGCCUUAUUCCUUUAGCGUUCAAAUGUUGAAUUAUACUUAAUAGUUGCAGUUGUAUGAUUGUGACUCACUGAUCACAGAACAGGCUGAACUUUCCUAUGUAUUAUGUGAAGGAAAAGAAACUAUAGAAGUAAAAAUUUGUCGUU